GCGGGGCCAAGCGGCGCGUGCGCGAUACUGUUGCUACCCCUUUGCUGCUAUUGCGUUGCAAAAAAAAAAAUCCUGACUGGGUAGCCUUGGACCUUUUCUGUGCUAGCGAGUCUAAAGGAGAGAGAGAUUUCUGCAACUGAAGGGGCAGUCGGGUAGUAUUAAAUUUAAGAUAUUAACGCCCGACUUGGCUCACAGGAGUGUGAGGACGGGCGGGGAAGGGCCUUAGCACUGAGAGCCGAAAAGUAUAAAACCAUUAGUUUCGGCGUCAGGCGUUUUGGAAGGCUUUGCAGGUCCUGUUUUCCUCGUAGUUUUUCCGUGAUUACUGACUGGUUUAAACACGACCCCUUGAACAAUAUUGGUAAAACCUCCGAGACCCGCAGCCCCUCCUUGCAGUGUGUAGGAGCUGCCAGCGUGCCCAGCAGCUUGUGUUCCCGUCCGUACCUCCGGAGGAGCCCGGCGCGUGCACCAUCCCCACCCCCUGGCCUCCCUCCCCACCUACGGCUUUCACGCACUCGCAGUGAUUGUUUUGCCCGCUCCCGCCGCCGCUGCCGCCAGAGGAGCAGCAGCGCUUGUGCAAACCGGGAAGAUGGCGGCCGGCGGCGGCGGAGGCAGCAGUAAGGCCUCCUCCUCGUCGGCCUCUUCAGCAGGGGCUCUGGAGUCCUCGUUGGAUCGAAAAUUCCAGUCUGUAACCAACACCAUGGAAUCCAUUCAAGGCUUGUCGUCUUGGUGUAUAGAGAACAAGAAACACCACAGUACUAUCGUCUACCAUUGGAUGAAGUGGCUCCGGAGAUCUGCAUAUCCCCACCGUUUGAAUCUCUUUUACCUUGCCAAUGAUGUCAUACAGAACUGUAAAAGGAAAAAUGCAAUCAUAUUCCGUGAAUCAUUUGCUGAUGUACUUCCUGAAGCAGCUGCUCUGGUGAAGGCAUAUAAAACCUUUGCUAACCGAGUAAACAAUUUAAAGAAGAAGUUGGAUCAAUUGAAGUCAACCCUUCCAGAUCCCGAAGAAUCACCAGUUCCUUCCCCAAGCAUGGAUGCUCCCUCCCCGACUGGUUCUGAGUCUCCUUUUCAGGGAAUGGGAGGUGAGGAAUCACAGUCACCAACCGUGGAGAGUGAGAAAUCUGCCACACCUGAACCUGUGACAGAUAAUCGUGAUGUGGAAGACAUGGAACUCUCAGAUGUGGAAGAUGAUGGGUCAAAAAUCAUUGUGGAGGACAGGAAGGAAAAACCUGCAGAGAAGUCAGCUGUAUCCACUUCUGUACCUACAAAGCCAACAGAAAAUAUCUCCAAGGCCUCUUCAUGUACCCCAGUGCCUGUGACCAUGACAGCAACUCCACCUCUUCCAAAACCUGUGAAUACUUCUCUUUCCCCUUCCCCGGCACUGGCUUUGCCAAACCUGGCUAAUGUGGAUCUGGCAAAGAUCAGUUCCAUCCUUAGCAGUUUGACGUCAGUCAUGAAAAAUACUGGGGUCAGUCCUGCAUCAAGACCUUCUCCAGGAACUCCCACCAGCCCCAGCAACCUCACCAGUGGCCUGAAAACACCUGCACCUGCCACAACAUCUCACAACCCUCUGGCAAAUAUCCUCUCCAAGGUGGAGAUCACCCCAGAGAGCAUUCUGUCUGCACUUUCCAAAACCCAGACACAGUCAGCUCCUACACUGCAAGGCCUGUCAUCUUUACUUCAGAGUGUUACUGGGAACCCAGUUCCAGCCAGUGAAGCUGCCUCACAGAGCACUUCAGCUUCCCCUGCCAACACCACAGUCUCUACCAUAAAGGGAAGAAAUCUGUCCUCCAGUACCCAACCUUUUAUUCCCAAAAGCUUCAACUAUUCUCCUAACUCAUCAACUUCUGAAGUCUCUUCAACUUCAGCCAGCAAGGCCUCAAUUGGGCAAAGCCCAGGGCUCCCAAGCGCCACUUUUAAACUACCGUCCAACUCUCUGGGGUUUACAGCUACCCACAAUACUAGCCCUGCUGCCCCACCUACUGAAGUUACCAUGUGCCAAUCUUCAGAGGUGUCCAAGCCAAAACUGGAGUCAGAGUCCACCUCCCCAAGCUUGGAAAUGAAGAUCCACAACUUCUUAAAAGGUAAUCCUGGUUUCAGUGGCUUAAACUUAAACAUCCCAAUCCUGAGCAGUUUGGGGUCCAGCGCCCCAUCAGAGAGCCAUCCCUCAGACUUCCAGCGUGGCCCUACUAGCACCUCAAUCGACAACAUUGAUGGAACCCCUGUACGGGAUGAACGGAGUGGGACACCCACCCAGGAUGAGAUGAUGGACAAGCCCACAUCCAGCAGUGUAGAUACCAUGUCCCUGCUUUCUAAGAUCAUUAGCCCUGGUUCCUCAACACCCAGCAGUACAAGAUCACCACCCCCUGGGAGAGAUGAAAGCUAUCCCCGAGAGCUCUCCAAUUCUGUCUCUACAUAUCGACCCUUUGGUCUGGGCAGUGAAUCUCCCUAUAAGCAACCUUCUGAUGGAAUAGAGAGACCAUCUUCCCUGAUGGACUCUUCACAGGAAAAGUUCUACCCAGACACUUCUUUCCAAGAAGAUGAGGAUUACCGAGAUUUUGACUAUUCAGGGCCUCCACCCUCUGCCAUGAUGAACCUAGAGAAGAAACCAGCCAAAUCUAUCCUGAAAUCAAGCAAGCUGUCUGAUACCACCGAGUACCAGCCAAUUCUGUCCAGUUAUAGCCACAGAGCCCAAGAAUUUGGGGUAAAGUCUGCCUUCCCUCCAUCUGUAAGGGCCCUGCUGGACUCUAGUGAGAACUGUGACCGUCUCUCAUCUUCCCCUGGGCUAUUUGGUGCCUUCAGCGUAAGAGGGAAUGAAUCUGGGUCUGACCGGUCACCAUCACCGAGUAAGAAUGAUUCAUUUUUCACCCCUGACUCCAACCACAAUAGCUUGUCUCAAUCUACCACUGGGCAUCUCAGUUUGCCACAGAAGCAGUACCCAGACUCUCCUCACCCAGUCCCACAUCGUUCCCUUUUCUCUCCGCAGAACACCCUUGCCGCUCCCACGGGUCACCCACCCACAUCAGGCGUGGAGAAAGUCCUGGCCUCCACCAUUUCCACCACGUCGACGAUUGAAUUUAAGAAUAUGCUUAAAAACGCCUCACGUAAGCCCUCAGAUGAUAAGCAUUUUGGCCAGGCCCCCAGCAAGGGCACUCCAACUGAUGGUGUCAGUCUCUCAAACCUCACCCAGCCCAGCUUGACCGCCACUGAUCAGCAGCAACAAGAAGAGCACUACCGCAUAGAAACCCGCGUCUCCUCCUCCUGCUUAGACUUGCCUGAUAGCACAGAAGAAAAGGGGGCCCCUAUAGAAACCCUGGGUUAUCACAAUGCAUCCAAUAGGAGGAUGUCAGGGGAGCCGAUCCAGACCGUAGAGUCCAUCCGAGUUCCUGGGAAGGGAAAUAGAGGACACGGGCGUGAGGCUUCGAGGGUGGGUUGGUUUGAUCUGAGCACAUCAGGUAGCUCUUUUGACAAUGGCCCCUCAAGUGCCUCUGAGUUGGCAUCCCUUGGGGGUGGGGGCAGCGGAGGCCUCACUGGCUUUAAAACAGCACCAUACAAAGAACGGGCACCCCAAUUUCAGGAGAGUGUCGGCAGCUUCCGUUCCAACAGUUUCAACUCAACAUUUGAGCAUCAUCUUCCCCCGUCCCCCUUGGAACAUGGGACACCCUUCCAAAGAGAGCCAGUGGGCCCAUCAUCUGCCCCACCUGUCCCUCCUAAGGAUCAUGGUGGUAUCUUCUCUCGAGAUGCACCCACUCAUCUACCCUCUGUGGAUCUUUCGAACCCCUUCACAAAGGAGGCAGCCCUGGCCCAUGCUGCCCCACCCCCUCCUCCCGGAGAGCACAGUGGAAUUCCUUUCCCUACCCCACCUCCUCCUCCCCCCCCUGGGGAACAUAGCAGCAGUGGUGGGAGUGGUGUCCCCUUUUCUGCUCCACCCCCUCCUCCACCACCUGUUGACCACUCUGGAGUUGUACCCUUCCCAACCCCACCACUGGCAGAGCACGGAGUGGCAGGGGCUGUGGCAGUAUUUCCCAAGGACCAUAGUUCCCUCCUUCAAGGGACCCUGGCUGAGCAUUUUGGGGUGCUCCCAGGACCCAGGGACCAUGGGGUCCCCACCCAACGGGACCUCAACGGCCCUGGUCUUAGCCGUGUACGAGAGAGCCUGACCCUAUCCUCCCAUUCUCUGGAACACCUGGGCCCACCCCAUGGAGGAGGUGGUGGGGGAGGCAGCAACAGCAGCAGUGGCCCCCCCUUGGGUCCCUCACACAGAGACACCAUCAGCCGGAGUGGUAUGAUCUUACGGAGUCCCCGGCCAGACUUUCGGCCUAGGGAACCUUUUCUCAGCAGAGACCCAUUUCACAGUUUAAAGAGACCCAGGCCACCUUUUGCUAGGGGCCCUCCGUUCUUUGCACCAAAACGCCCAUUCUUUCCUCCCAGGUACUGAUGGAAACCAAGGGAAAGGCAUUUUGAACAGUCUAGAGAACAUUGGAAGUAGGAGUUUGGUUCAUUGUUUUUUGUUUUUAUUUGUUUUCUCUUUCUCAAUUUUUUUUUUUAUUAUAACAAAGGGCCUCUCUCCAAAGUAAGAAGUCAUAUAUGCUUACAUUUUACUAUUCCAUUCAGUCCUCCCUCCUAUUGCACUUAUCUGCCUUCCCCAAGUUGUUUGUAUUAAAAAAAAAAAAAAGAAAAGAAAAGAAAAAAAAAAAAAGGUAAACAUAACCAAAGCCAGUUCAUUUGGCUGGGGGGUUGGGGAGUGGGAAGGAAAGCAAUCUUUAUUUUACCCCAUCUAUUGAAGAGUAUUAUUACAUUUGAAAUAAAACUUCCAUCAGUACAGAUAACCACAUGUGCAAUGUUGGGAUGUUAUUUUGGGCUUGGCUUAUCGAAUAGUCACUGGAAGGAUUCCUGUCCCCGCUCUCUGCAGCUAAGUAACUGCUGUAGCCAGCUCAGCUCCUUCCCCGUGUAUCUGUGCCCUACUGACAGUCAAGAGAUGUUGUAAGGGAUGAAAUGUGGGAGAUCUUGGACCUGUCAGGUUUAUUUGUUUUGUUUCUAAAGGCAUGUUGAAGUUGAGUUCUUUACCCUUCUCCUAAAUUUUUUUUUUUUUUUUAAUCAGCCUCAAGGUUAAAAUAAGGAGUUACUACAGUAUUUAUAAUAAGGAAAGGAAGCAUUAAUGGUGUGAUGUGACCUGCCUGGUUUUUGUAAACAAGAGAAUAGGAAAUGUAUUCAAGGAGGUUUCACAUGUCUUGCACCAAGCUCAUGCCUCUUGCUUUUCUUUUUUGACUUUAUCUCCCUCAGUUUUUCUUCUACUGUGGCCAGAAAGACAGUCACUACAGUUGACUAUUGAUACAAAGGUGCAACAGAAAUAUUAUCUCUGCAUUUUUACAUAUAAGAAGUAGACAUUAAUUUUACCACGGUGCCUCCCUAAUGUAAGUGAUAUUUAUUGGUGGUUUUCAGCCAAGGUUAACUAAGAGAAAGAAAUAUUUGUCUUUAUCCUCCUUUUCCCCUUGCCUCAGUUGUGUUAUUCACUCCUAUACUUGAUAUUUUAAAGAAGGAGAUUGAAUAGCAUUUUCCUUUAUAUUAUACCUCUUCAGACAUGUGUCUAUCCCAUUUCAGGGCUGUAGUCUUAUCCAUAACUACUUCCUGCUCCCAGUGGGAAAUAAAGACCAUUUCUGCCCUUAGUUAUUUUACAUGUAAGAUAAGUGCUUUCCUUCUUCCUGGACUGAAAGACUUGUUUGUAUUUCUACAUCUAGUACUUGGGAGGUAGACAAUCACUGUACUUUGAGUGUUUAUAUCUAGGGAUACUGAAAAGUAAAUGUUGCUUUACUACAAUUUUUUUAAUUUAGUGUCUUACCCCAAGGCAUAUACACUCACCCAGCUAGAUGAGUAAAACAGUGUAUGUUUAGUUUUUCAGAGAAUUCUAGCAAAUUUCAUAUUUUCUUCCAAGUUAGUGUAGAACUAACUAUAGGAAGGAUGGGGUUGUUUUUUCAUCCAGUGGAAUAUUAAAGAUGGGGGAGGGUGGGCAAUGUAGUGACAGAAAAUGAUUCUCUGUCUCAAAGUGAACUUGCUUUUCAGAGAAAGAGCAGCAUAAACCAAGUGCGCAUCAUGGUUUGGGAGUUUUUUUGUAAUUUAUUCUGUUAUUUAUUUGGGCUCGCCAUGCGUUCUGGGGUUAGGAUGCUGCAGGUCAUUCAUCUUCCUAAUGCCUGUCUGGUUUUAAGCCAACUGUUCUUUCUUUCCUCGACCCUCUCUGUGCCCUGUAGCUCUCACCACAAAAAUGCAUGAUACCAUGACCUUGUGUGUGGGGUGGGGUAUGUAGUGUAGCAAAGCAAAGAAAGUAUAGUUAUAUUGAGUCCUAAGACAUUUGUUUAGGGAAAAGCAUAAGAGAAAAUGAAGUGGGGUGGGGAAAAUUAUAUUUGACUUUCAAAAUUGAAAUAGAUUUUUUUUUUUUGCAGAGAUUAAAUGGGAUGUUUUUCAUUCUAGAAUAUAAGAAUGUGAAUUCUCUCUGCUGCUCUGGUUUAAGCUAAAAGUAGUGUUUACUUGAAAAGGCUCUCUGACCAUUUAAUUUUAUCAGAAAAUGUGGGGAUGUCAGGAAAGUAGCUUCCUGAAUGUUGGGGUGGGAUAAUUGUCCUCAAAAGUAUGAUGGUUAAUACAUGAAAGGAAGACUUUGUUGUACAGUUUCAAAGAUGGGCUUUUAAGGAGUUGGGUUUUUGUGGGGUACUUUUUUGGUUUUUAAGCUGCAGAAUCCUCAAUAUGUUUGUUUUAGGAUGGAAGUGAGGAUUUGUAUGAGACUGUCAGCUAUUAAUUUUAAGGAAAUCUUAAAAUUUACAUUUACAGCAGUAAAUGGAGAUGACAAUGUAUAUAUGUGAUAUAGUGAAACAAAAAAGACAGUUCUGGUAUUCAUAACAUGAAACAAAGGGGUUUUAUUCUUUCUGUGUCUGUGAUUUAAAACUCCAUGACCAUGCUCUGACUUUUGUAUUUCAACCUGAGUUUAAACAAAUAAACAAGAUAUUUUUUAAAGAAAGCAUAACUUAAUGUGUCUUGGCAAGGACAUGAUUCAUAUUGAAACAAUGUGAGAAGUUGUUACUAAGGUCCUUGGUACUCACUGUAAAAUCACAGACAGAGAAUUGGUAGGGGUUGUGAAUACACUAGUACCACUUAAAGUUCAGUGAUACAGUAUCAGAAAUAGGGUCCUUAAGUAUUUUGACAGAGUUUACUCUUCAGUCAGCUUAAAUGAGAGCUCUCUUCCUGCUCCCCUUUACCCUCCCAAAAGUUGAGAGUAAAUAGAAUUUGGUUUGAGUCCGGGGAGGGGAAAAUGAGCAGAGAAUAGGACUUUUAUACUUUCCAAUACCAGAAAUACAAUGUUUGUGAUAUAUAUGGUACAGCAAACCUAUCUAGAUAAUGUGAAUACGAUAAACUUCCUAAUUGCAGGAUAUUCACUCUAGUCCUGAAGUUACCAGUUCCUGCAGAAUUGAGCUUCAGCUGUUACUGUUUUGAAGCCGCUGUAAAUUACUGCUUUCCCCAAUUCCCCCACCGUUUUUUUUUUAAAUGGGCCGGGGGGGAGGGGGGGGUGAGGCGCCUGUUAAGAUUUAAAAUAGUUAUGUUGGAUUGAUAUUCUCACUUGUUCAGUGUGGAAAACAAAACAAGUACAUGCUUUAGAAGCAACAACAAUGAAAUCCUUUUGAAGUGUGUAUUAAUAUCAUUUAAUAAAAUAACUAGUUCGAAAGGUUUGACAUUUUUCUUUGAGACUGGGGCUUGGACCAAGGGCCCCUGGCUUCCUGGUGAGUGCAAAUAGGAGGGAACAUCUCAGGAGCUGGAACUGCUGCUUUGUGGAGCAGGCUUGUCAUUGGGAAAACCUAAGUUUUCUCCAGCAAAGACCCAGCAUGACUGUCCAGGGCUGAAGGUGAAACCAACUACAGAAUGCAGAAGGAAAAGCCUGGAUAUAUCUCAGAAGAUACAGUUGUAUUGGCUUUUGGUCCAAGAGUAGGGGGGUGGGGGUAGUGGUGCGUGUGCCCACACAUUUGUCAGGCACACAGAGUUACCACAGACCACUCCGUGACCACUUGCACUUUACUCUCUUCCAGCCAUUCCUUUUUUUUUUUUUUUUUUAAAUCUCUUUGUCCCCAAUAUUUUGUUUUCCAGUUUAAUAAAGUAUGGCUUCCUU